AAAUGGACAUAGCAGAUUAUUAAUUUAAUUAAUAAUUUAUUUUCAUUAUUUCUGACGAAGCCAAGGUAUAUUUCUAUAAAAAACAAAAAAUGUACGCAGAUAUUUUCGCAUUCGUGUUUGUAAGUUGGGAAACUGGGAUUGUUUCCUCGUGCCAGAAUUCGGAAUUUUAAUCCGAACUCGUGAGUACAUAUCGCGCUACGUACUGUACUCUUCUGAUCUUCUGUGCGGAUCUUCUUCUGUUCUUCGCGGAUCAAAAAUGUCUUUGCCAGAACGGGCAGAACCACGACUGCUACUUGUUGAUCACGAACAAUCCUUUGUGCGUCGGGAUGGUGGCCCUGCUGUGUUCAAGUCUGGAGAUAACGUAGCGUGCGCCGUGAUUUCGUAUCCGCAGCGCGGUCCACUGCGGAGCGAUGGUCUGCCCACCUUGGCGGUCUCCUACGUGCGGAGUCGCGUUCCUCGACCAAGGAGGAUUCAGAAGAUUCAGUCAGUGUGCGCUGCCUGCACAACCUUGCGAACCCUUGAGCAUGCACUCGUUUCUAAGAAUUUCUUCAAGGCCCGCAUACGCUGCCGCGUCCACAAUAUACAGCAUGGACCUAAUGAAGUGGAAUCUGCAGUGAAUGCCGUGUCAGUGUCUUUGCUGCAGUCUGCAUUUGACAUUAAAGAUGUGAUAGCCGCAGUUGCUUACACCCAAAACCAUCUCGGACAAGACGUCUUUUUCCCUACUGAAACAAUGCUGAAAGAUUCGAAAUUGAAUAAGCGACCACGAUUCCAGUUCCAUUUCGAUAUGAACUUGCGAACUGUCUGGUUGUCUGUUCGUGGACCGGCUAGUGUAGAAGCUACCAAGCGAGCGGAAAAUGUGUGUCGAGAAGCAGCCAGCACGGUUUUUGCUGAAAUCCGGCGCUGCGCAACAGGACCGCUGGUUCAACCUUCCGCCUAAACGGUAAUUAAAGACUACCUAGUGUGCACUUGUCUAACUAAACCACUUAAUGAAUAUCUUGUUUUUAAUUGUUUAUGUAUCCUUCUGUACAAUGAAAAUUGUUUAGGAUUUGGCGACAGUGUUGUGAAGAUUUCGUAAUUUGAGAUCGAUAUUGAUUUUUGUGGGCACGAUGUUUUUUGCAUCUCGAUGGAGUCGACAUUAAAAAAGACCAUAACAAGACUGGAUCAGUUAGGAUGUUAGCGAUUGAGCGUUCACAUUAUCAACAAAAGGCACUGGUAUUUUAGCUGGUGACAUUCGUACAAAAACUUUGAUGGAUUGGGAUACUAUCGCUUUUUUCCGUUAUAGCCGCCUCCAUAACCUCCGUAUCCGUCGUAGUGAGGAGAGUGCGCUGUGAACAGAUCACGUGUUAGCGGGAUAUCGAUUCGGUAAAAGCUGAGGGAAUUACGGAUUUAUUUUUGGUUUGAUUUGCUUUACUCGCUUACCUGGAGGGCCAUAAUAGUAGCCACCAAGAGGCAUAGUGCUGCAAAUCACCGUUGUUAAUACAUAACCAGUGCUAGAAUCUAUACAUAGGUGUGUCAGCAUUAAUUUUUACUUACUAUGGUACAUAUUUUCCGUAUCCGGGAAUGUAUGUCACGGGGGGAGCUGUCGAAAUGAUUUUUUCUUUAGUGACGCGCAAACAUUAAAUUUAAGAGCUCUGUUGCUCUGGCCAGCGGUUUUAAUGAUAAAAAAUUUUGUAAGUAAUUAUGUUUUAAUUUAGCUUUGCAGCAAUACAUUUGCAUUUAUGCUUAUAUUCCGCUUCAUGCUAAUUAACUAUCAGCUCGAUGCACUUGUAGAAGUUGUGAUUACCCCCAUAAUAGCUGU